CUGAUAGCAGAAGAGACACGAGAGAAUUAAAAAGGGUAAGGAAUUUGUGGAGAGAAAUGGAUGCGGCAUUGUCCUCCUCCUCCAUCUCUCCGCACACGUCACUGCUUUGUUCCUCAAACACCAACUAUCGCCCCGCCGUUAUUCUUCCCGUUAAUCUCUCUCUCUCUCUCUCUCUCUCUCAAACAGAGACAUUUGCAAUUGCAUUAUUCAUUCUGCUUUUUGAUUGGUACUGCGCGCAGGGAUUGGGAAACAACACGGGUGACUACCAGAGGUUGAAGCAAACGCUGAAGGAGAAGUACGGCGUUCAAACCGUGGUGGCUAAGGUGUCCAGACUUGAUUGGCUUCGCAACGCCGCUGGUUUGGUCGACCCCAAUUACUGGCGUGCCACUCUUCAACCCACACCUGUCCUCGAUUGGUAUUUAGAGAGGGUUCACCAUGCUGUUCAACAGGCCAAGGAAACACAAGGACAAGGUUCAACUGCCACUGUCUCAUUGAUUGGACACUCCGCAGGAGGAUGGCUUGCACGUGUGUAUAUGGAACAAUUUGGAUUCUCCCAUGUCUCCCUCUUGUUGACUCUUGGAACCCCUCACCUUCCUCCCCCAAAUGGCGUGUCAGGGGUUAUUGAUCAAACGCGGGGUCUCCUUCAUUAUGUUCAAAAAAAUUGCUCCAAACCUGUUUACACCCCUCAACUCAAGUAUGUGUGUAUAGCAGGGAGGUAUAUUAAAGGGGCUCGACUCUUUGGCAACUCCGAUCCGACUAUUGAGGCUGAGGCUGUAGUUCCAACUGAUAGUUCUCAGCUAGUAUCCGAGGCUGCCAUUAUGAACACUGACCCACCUAAUACAACAUUACGUGCUCGCUUUGUUGGGCAAGGAUACAAGCAGGUUUGUGGGCAAGCAGAUGUAUGGGGCGAUGGUGUUGUGCCAGAAGUAUCGGCUCAUCUCGAGGGUGCACUUAACAUUUCCUUCGAUGGAGUUUAUCACUCGCCAGUUGGUGCAGAUGAUGUAACCAGACCAUGGUAUGGUUCCCCUGAUGUGUUGGACCAAUGGGUAGGACACCUCCUUAAUUAACUUGAAGAUGUUAGACCACUUCAUCUAAGUCAUGGCAUCGAUCUUCCCUUUAUAUCUUUCUUGAAUUUGUGCCAUUGGAUUUUGUUGUUAUUUAAUCUAUUUGUGAGUCAUUAUUUUAUCAUUCUAUAAUCCCCUUUUGUAAAAAAACUACAGCUAACCCUUCCAACGAGUCCGUGUUGUUUUGUCUUGAGAUGAUUCAUGCCAGAGUUGCGAGA